CACUUCCUGCCACUCUCUAACGUUGACAAGUGAAGGAUAUAAUGAAGUGAAACUCCUUUGUAUGCGUAGAAAUCCUUCCUUUACACCUGUAGGUCAGUUGUUCUCGUUGUAUUUGUUACGCACACAUUUAUAUUUCGGCAUUGUUCGUGUGCUGAGUAUAUGUGCGCAGUGUGACAGGUCCACGCGGACCCAGUGUGCCUCGUAGACAUGACUACGGUGAUGUUUAGCUAGGCUAGUUAGCUCCAUAAACACCUCUGUUGUUCACAGAUGUGGAGCAGACUGCUGAGUCCUGGUCUGUUUAGUAGGACAGGGUUCUGUGUGAGGAGUCUUUACACUAUGCAGCUGAAAACCACUGAGUUCCAGAGUCUGUUCACGGACGGGCUGAAUGGACUAGCAGAGGUCUUCGAGAAGCACCAACAUGAGCUGAGGAUCGCCGGAGGUGCUGUCCGUGACCUGUUGUCUGGGAAACGGCCUGAGGAUGUGGACUUUGCGACCACUGCCACUCCGGAUGAGAUGAAGCACAUGUUCCAAACUGCAGGCAUCAGGAUGAUCAACAAAAAAGGGGAGGAACACGGAACCAUUACAGCCAGACUACACGAUGAGAACUUUGAGGUGACCACGCUGCGAGUAGAUGUUCAGACAGAUGGACGCCACGCUGAGGUGGAAUUCACCACCGACUGGCAGAAAGAUGCAGAGCGCAGAGACCUCACCAUCAAUUCCAUGUUUUUAGGUCUUGAUGGAACCUUGUACGAUUAUUUCAAAGGAUACGAAGACCUGAAGAACCGUAAAGUACGAUUUGUUGGCAGCGCUGAGCAGAGGAUCCAAGAGGACUAUCUGAGAAUAUUGAGAUAUUUCAGGUUCUACGGCCGGGUGGCUCCGGAGCCUGACGACCAUGAACCGGAGACACUGGCCGCCAUCAGAGAAAACGGCCAUGGACUGGCGGGCAUAGCAGGGGAACGGAUCUGGAUGGAGUUAAAGAAGAUGGUGGUUGGUAAUCACGGCGGUCAUCUGCUGGAGCUGAUCUACAAACUGGGACUGGCCCAGUACAUCGGUCUACCACCAGAUGGCGACGUCGACGAGAUGAUGCGGGUGUGGCAGAACGCCAGCGAACAUUCGCCCAAACCCAUGACCAUCCUGUCCGGUCUGCUCCACAGCAAGGAGGAGGUGGAGAAGAUGGACCUGCGGCUGAAGGUCUCGAAGGAGGAGAAGACCCUGGCCCUGUUCCUGGUCAAAUACAGACGGGAGCUCCAGAAGAACGCCGACGAGCCAGACAGCCUCAAACCAUUCACCGACUUCAUCAUCGACAGUCGGGAACUGGACACCCAAAGUAAAGUGUUGGAGCUGCUGAAGUAUCAGGGGGAGGAGAAGCUGCUGACAGCGCUCUCCGCAUGGUCCAUUCCUCGCUUCCCCGUCAGCGGCCAUGACCUCCGCAGGAUGGGCGUUACCAACGGGAAGGAGAUAGGAGCCACAUUACAGAAACUCCGCGACAUCUGGAAGAAGAGCCACUAUCAGAUGGACAAAGACGAACUCCUCAGCUACGUCAAGUAACACACCCCUGAAGAGCAGAGGCGUCUUUGUCGGACACGUCGUCUUGGUUCUCAGAGGUAUCAGUCAGGAUGUAAGGAGACCUGCUUUACCACUGAUGAAUAAGACCUUACACUAACCCUGUUCAUUUACAGGAUGAGGAGGAAAUAUAAGGCUUGUGCUCUCAAUAUCACAUUUUCCAUCAUCUCAUAAUAUGUGGAACAGCUGAUUUCACCUUAUGUGUGUGUUAUCAUAGAGCUCUGCUCAUUAUGGGAAUUCCUAAGAGAAGAUACAGCAUGAUCUACUGAUGUUCGGCCAAUUUAGUCUAAAUAUUGUCCCAUAUUCUGUUUGAAGCAAGGACAUGGAAAUGCAAAUGGAUGGUCAGUUACAACAGGAAAUAUGUUCAAGCAAGAAGAUGGUUAUUUUCUGAAACAAUAUUGUAAAACUGAGUGUGAGUUUGACUGAAGUCAUUAUUUAGGUUUAUUUUAAAGAAAGACAAGGACAAGUUAUGUUAAAAGUCAAACAUAUAAAACAGAAGAAAUUAAGAGUUUGUCUUAUCACGGAAAUGUUUAUAUUUACAAACUAUCCUUUCAUAAAAAAUGUGAAUAAUCUGAAGAACUUGAAAUUUCUGAAGAAAAAUUAUUUUAUUUAUUUAUUUUAACAAUUCUAUGCCUCAGUUUAUCAUUUACACAUGUGUAUUAAAACUCACUGAUCACAGUGGAUCAACAAAGGCAAAAACAUUUAGUAACAGGCAGAAUAUUGUUAAAAUUGAAGUAUUUUUCUGAAGAAAUUUCAAGUUUAUAUAUGUUCAGGUUAGUUUGCAAACGUAAACACAGCUGUCAUUAUUCAAGAUUCAAGAUCCUUUAUUGUCAACAUGUGACAUGAAGAACGAAAUUACAAUACAUAGGAUAGACAAAAAAAAAUUACACAUUUAAAGUAGAAAACCAAGAUAGGACAACAAUAAAAGCAAAGAGCAGAUGAUAAAUAAAUGCAGAUAAUAAAUAAUGAACAAUAAUGGAGGAGGAGAAAUGACUGAAAUGUAAACAUUAGACUGAUUGAAUAUUGUGUUAUAAGUUCAUAUGCUGUUAUUUUACUGGUCUGGCCCACUUAAGAUCCUCUUGGGGUUUAUGUGGCGCCUGAACUAAAAUAAGUUUAAUAUCUUCAGUGUAUUUUUUUUGCACUUAGCUAUUUUAACCCACAGGCCGCAUUGAACCCUUUGGCCGGCCAGUUUUGGCCCAUGGGCCAUAUGUUUGACACCCCUGUUCUAGAUCUAUUGUACAUAGAUCAGACAUCCUUGAGUUUGCUUCUGUUUCAACACACAUUCAGAUGACGGUGUCUGUUUUUCACUGCCUUUAUGUUCCAUUAAUUACCUGAAAAAUGAAUAAAAACGCCUCAAUCAGAAAAGACUCGGAUUAGAAUGAGAUCCAUGUAAAACACUAGGUCUGAUUGUUUCUCUCAUGCAGGAUUUAUGUAACAAUAAGUCACAUGAUACAUUUCCAGGGGAGACAGAAAACAUGGCGGCAAGAAAACAAAACUGCUCAAUGGUUCAGAUGACUGUUUUUUUUGUUGCAGACUUUGAUAAAAGUGAAGGAUUGUUGUGUUUAAAUGGUCAUUUGGUUCCUUGUAAUGGGAAUAAAUGGGUCCAUCUUGGUCAUCUUAAUAAAAAUAUGUAAAAUAAAACAAAAAAC